UCAACAGCGAUCAACACUGUUGUGUACAUCUGCAACCGGCAAAGCAAAACAUAAUCUGCAACGCUACACGGUAAAAAUCAUCAUUAGCAAUGGCCAAACAUCAUCCAGAUUUAAUUUUCUGCCGUAAACAACCUGGUGUGGCUAUCGGACGCUUGUGCGAAAAGUGUGAUGGAAAGUGUGUGAUUUGCGAUUCGUACGUGCGACCUUGUACGUUGGUUCGUAUUUGUGACGAAUGCAACUACGGUUCCUAUCAGGGUCGCUGCGUUAUAUGCGGAGGGCCAGGCGUAUCGGAUGCAUACUACUGCAAGGAAUGUACGAUCCAAGAAAAGGAUCGCGAUGGAUGUCCUAAAAUCGUUAACCUCGGCAGCUCCAAAACAGAUCUUUUCUACGAGCGGAAAAAGUACGGUUUCAAAAGAUAAGCGUAGACGUUACCUUUGUUUAGAUUCUUACUGUAACAAAACCUUUCCGGGCUUAGUUAAGAUAUAAAUAAACAACAUCUACUACUA